AAAGGAGUUUCUUGCAAAUGGAGAACGGUAGCGUGUGUGUGUGUGUGUGUGUGUGUGUGUGUGUGUGUGUGUGUGGUGUUGUUGUUGUUGCUGCUGCAGGCUUUGUUUCUUUCUGAUUGCAGAACCUGUUGCUGGUACAGUAACUUCUUAGAAUUGUCAGAUAUGUAGAAGCUUGGACUCAACGGUUAAAUUCAGCCGUGAAAUUGUAUUUGAAGAAGAUAUUGUUGUGUCUUCCAAAAUGCGCUGUGGAAACUUGCACACGUAACUAGGCCAAAUGUCACAUAUCAUACAAACUUGGCUGUAUAGCAGAGAACUCAGUUGUACAGUAAUAGUAAAAGGGAAACUGUCAAAAUUUGCACCAAGCCCAAGUAUAAGAUGAUUGCACUACAUAGGUCUUACGGGUUUUAAUAUUCUUCAAAUUAUCCACCCUGUCAAUAAUACAGAUCACAUCAGGAAACAAUGCGUGGGAUUGAAUAUUAAAUGGCAAGUAAUUUAACUGAUAUUUAAAGGGAGAAAAAGGUCAGUUACUGUUUUGGAAACACAAUAAAAGAAUUUUCAUGGUAUUGGCUUUUCUUCAUAAUGGGAAGUAAAUGUCUUGUGCUGUAGUCAUCUGACAUUUGUUUUUCCUUUGAAAAACGAAAGUGCAGAUAACACCAGAUAAUACACCAAGACACCUAGGAAAUCGAGAGACCCAGGAAGCAGCCUCUGGAGAGAGAUUUAAAAGAUAACAUUUAAAUAGACAACUUUCUAUUUCUGUGCAAAGACUGACUUUGGGUAAUAAGAUUACAAGAGUCUCAAUUUUUUAAUGUGAACAAAAUCUACUUUUUGAUUAAGUGUUCUAUAUGGUUGUGUAAUACUUUACUGCUGCCAAAGAACUUUCCCAUUGGUUAUCUCGUUGCACAGUAACCUCAUGAGACAGAGCAAGUAGCAAUGUAGAGAUGAUUUUAUAAUCCUUUUUCCAGUAUGGAAGCCCAAUACCUGCAGUUGAUCAUGAGAGCUUGCUAUGAAAACAAGAUGUGUACAAGUGUAAUGUGAGAAAAGGAAUUCUGGAUCACAUACCUAGUGACUUGAGAUCUAAUUAAUCCAGCUUUUAAAAAGCUUCCUUGAUCUAUAAUUAGAAUACAAUAAAAAUGAGUAUACGUGAGGUUACAGUCCCCUGAGUGCCGUCACAUGUACACAGUUUAUACACACCACUCCACUGAACCUUCACAGCCAUUCAUUCUGUCAACCGAGAGUUUCACUUGUGCUCACUCCUUUUCCUCAGUCCUUAACCCCCUUUCACCCAAGUAAAAUUUGGUCUGCUUUCUUUCAUUAUAUUUUGGCUUUUUGAACAUUUCAUAUAAAUGUGAUUAUAACUUUCAUAGCCAUGUCUGGCUUCUUUUUACCUACAAUAAUGUUUUUUCAGAUGUACAUAUGACAUUCCCUUUUUAGUAGUUCCAUUCAUCCUUUAAGUAGGUGAUUUAUUGUAUGGAUAUGGCACAUAUCCCCCCCCCCCCAACACCCCCUGCAUGUGCUGAAUUUGAUGUUGAGAAUCCUCUUGGAUUGACCUUUCCUCUUAUUAAGACAGAGUCCCAUAGUCAAACCCAGAGCUUCCUACGUUUCUGAUCUUGGUAGUCAGCUUGCUCUGGCAACCAUUUUGCUCUGCCUUAAUGUAACUGGACUAACAGGUGACAGAGAAUGCCCACCUGCCAUUUCUGUGGGUUUCUGGGGAUCUGAACUCCCAGUCCUCACACUUGCAGGGCAAGUACUUUAACCAUUUGGUCAUCUGUCCAGCCUCAUAGUUUGUUUAUUCACUCAUCAGAUAGAGGAUAUUUGAACAAUUCUGCUGUGAAUAUUUGUGUAUAAAUCUUUAAUUAGAAAUAAUUUUUGUUUCUUCUGGGUAUAGAUACUGAGCAGUAGAACUGCUGGCUAAUGUGCAGAGUUUUAUUUUUUAAAAAAGUUUCCAAAUUUCUUCAAAAAUACUUGUUUUAUAGUCCCAGUAGCAAUAUAUUAAGGUAACUUUUAUGACAAAUCUCUCUAGUACUUUAUCCUUUUAAAAAUUAAUAUAGUUUCAUUGUGAUACAAAACAUAUCUAUCUUAACUGAUUAUAAAUUUAAUGUAAAUAUUAUUUCUUGCUGUGUAUGUAUGUAGGAUGUGUGAGGGGCAUACAUGUGCCACAGUGUAUUGUGAAGGUCCGAGGGCAACCCUGUGCUCUUCUUUGACCUUUCCAUGAAUUCUGGGGAUAUCUUUCAGGUCACUAGGCUUGUAUGGCAAGUACCUUUAACCUCUAAGCCAUCUCAUUAGCCCCUAAUAAUUCCUUAGUCUUUUGAUUGUAGCUAUUAUGGGAUAUAUAGUAAUAUUGAACUUUUUUUUCUUUUUUCUUUUUUUUUUUUCGGAGCUGGGGACCGAACCCAGGGCCUUGCGCUUGCUAGGCAAGCGCUCUACCACUGAGCUAAAUCCCCAACCCCUUGAAUUGUUUUAAUUUGCCUUUGCCUAAGGUGUUGGCCAGCAUUGUGUGUGUGUGACUAGAGUUUGGAGUGAUUGAAAUUAUGUGUGUGUGUGUGCAGUAGUCAGCUUAAACUGGCCAAAAUUUGUGUGUGUUUGUGUGUGCGCAGGUAAGUUGACAUGCUAGUCAGCUUAUAUUAAGUCACUUUUUAGAAAGUACUUAAUUUAUAUGUAUGGGUGUUUUGCCUUCAUGUGCAUGCAGUGCCUUUUGCAAAAGGUAUGAAUUUCACAGAACUGGAGUUACAGAUAGUUGUUAGUUGUCGUGUAGCUGACAGAAAUCAAACCUGAGUCCUCUGGAAGAACUGCUAGAGUUCUUAACCUCUGAGCCGUCUCUCCAGCCUCUUAAAUUGUUAAAUCACAUGAAGCACAGACAUUGGCUACUACCUAUUUCCAAGAGGCUGUUCCUAGAGCACCCAAUGUACAAGGCCCAGCAGUGGAGAUACUUUUGACAAAGAAGCCAUAGAUAUGUUUCUAUAUUGUCUUUCAUGGUUACCCCAUUAGAAAAGAUGGCCAGGAACUGCUGCCUUUCUGCUCUUGUUGACUCUUAGAAUGGUCCCUACUGAACAGAGUCUUACGGGCUUGCUUCAUCUGUUUCUUGAGCUGAAGAUGAGCUUAGGAUAUUUUUCAGACAUUUGCAGAAUUGAUUUUUGUUUCUUUUGAGAUGAAGCCUUACCAUUUUGUUCCAGCUGGCCUCAAUUGAACUGACUGGGUAGCUUAGUUUGACCUCAAACCCAGUCUUCCUGCCUUCAUCCAGAGGGAGGGAAUUACAGGCCUAUGCCACCAUGCCCAGAGUCAUUAUAGAAUUGAAAUGGUAACUUAUUUAGGUCAUCUAAAGAAUUUGAGAAACAAGGCACUGUUUAGAAGAUUCUGCUUGCGUUCUUCCCAUUAGGUACUUCAAAGUGGAAAUAAAAAGUGGCAUGUAAACCCAGUAACUAUAUUCACGUGAAAAGGCUUGCUUUAAGUAUUUUUGUCUUGGUGAAUAAGGUUGUUUUAAGUGUUUAUAAGAAAUAAUUAUUCAAAAGAGAAUUUUCUGUGUUUUUGUUAUUUUCCUAAGUUAGUGUCUUAGUUAGGAUUGCUGUUGCUGUGGUGAAACACCAUGAUCAAAGCAGCUUGGGGAGGAAAGGGUUUAUUUGGCUCACACUUCCACAUCACAGUGCAUCAUCAAAAGAAAACAGGACAGGAACUCAAGCAGGGCAGGAACCUGGAGGCAGGAGCCACUGAGGAGUACUGCUUACUGGCUUGCUCCUCAUGGCUUGCUCAGCCUGCUUUCUUAUAGAACCCAGGACCACCAGCCCAGGGGUGACAUUGCUUACAAUGGACUGGGCUCUCCCCCAUCAAUCACUAAGGAAAUGCUGCACAGGUUUACCUGUAGCCUGAUCUUAUGGAGACAUAGUCUUAAUUGAAGUGCCUCCUCUCAGAUGACUUUAGCUUGUGUCAAGUUGACAUAAAACUACCCAGCACAGUUAAGAACAUUUACUCCUAUUGUUUGUAGCAGAAAUUUUGUGGCUAACUACCUCUUCAUGGAUCUUUCUUCAUGUCCUUCUUGACUUUCUCCAAACUAAAUUCAUCUUAGCACUUUAUAGUUAAGAAAAAGAAAGGGGCGAGAGGGAGGGAGGGAGAGAGGGGGAGGGGGAGGAGAAGAUUGAUUCUUAACUAAGUCCAGUUUUUCAACUUGACCUGCUAGCUUUCUUUUGAGUUGUAAGUGAUAUAUUUGACCUGUAUUUGGAUUCCUGUCCCAGUGAUAUUUGUUGGCAUAGACAGCUUUGGGAAAUAGGUAAUGAUUAAAAAUUUCUAAAACCAGACCGAUUUUUUUUUUUUUUUUUGAGAUUUGUUGGGGUUAGGUGAUUGGGUUCUUUCUUUUUUUUCUUGACAUUUUUUCUUUUAUUGGAUGUAUUUUUAUUUACAUUUCAAAUGUUAUCCCCUUUCCCAAUUUCCCCUCCAGAAAUCCACUAUCUCCCCCUGCUUCUAUGAGGGUGCUGCCCACCCACCCAUUCCUCCUACCACCUCACCCUGACAUUCUCCUACACUGGGGCAUCGAGCCUUGACAGGACCAAGGGCCUCUUCUCCCAUUGAUGCCAGACAAGGCCAUCCUCUGCUACACAUGUGACUGGAGUCAUGGGUCCGUCCCUGUGUACUCUUGGGAUGAUGGUUAGUCCCUGGGAGCCCUCGGGGGUGGGGGUGGGGGUCUAGUUGGUUGAUAUUGUGGCUCUUAUGGGGUUGCAAACUCCUUCAGCUCCUUCAGUCCUUUCUGUAACUCCUCCAUUGGGGACCCUGCUCUCGGUUCAGCGGUUGGUUGUGAGCGUCCACCUCGUAUUUGCAUUCUAAGCAUUGAAUUGGAAAGUCCUCAGGCUUCAUUCUUUUUUAAUCAUAUGAAGUCUUAGAUGCAGUGCUGCUUGCUCUUUCUGACAUCGCUUCAGGGAGCAGACAGACUGUAGUCCAAGAUUUCUAGCAAAAGUUUUAGAGAAUCUGUGCUGUUCAUAUAACCAGUGAAAUUACUCAUGAUUGCCCCAGUUGCCUUAGACUUUAACCAGUGCUGAGGCCAGUGGAGUUUUUCUGAUUGUGGUAGUAUAUCUGAAGCUAAUAAUAUGAUCAGGUCUCAUCAGAUGUAGCUGAGAUUGGGUGGGAGACGCUGGUAGAGUCUAGGCAUCUGUUACAUAUACCACCUUCUUAGAGUAUUUCUGAGGAGUAAAUUAAUAUAGGUACUCAAAUGUUAGAACUCCCCAAACCCUCACUUCCCAGAUUCCUCCCUCCCUGUCCUUCCACCCCAAUUUCCUCUUUCACGUUUCUCUUUUUGUUGUUUGAUUUUGGAGUGUUAGUGGUUUGUCUGAGGAAUGUCCUCCAUAGGCUCAGGCAUGUGAACACUUGGUCCCCAGGUGCUGGCGCUGUUUGGGGAGGUUUAGGAGGUCAGCCUGCUGGACGAAGUGCAUCACUGGGGUGGGCUUAAGUCCCGGUGCCCACUGACAGUUGGCUUUCUGUACUUUGUGCUUGUUAAAGAGGUGAAACUCUACUGCUGUAACUGCUGCUUAUUGCUGUGCUUUCCUGCUAGGAUGGCCUUAACUCUCUGGAACAGUAAACACAAACUCUCUCUUCCAUAUGUGUAUGUCUUGUCAUGGUAUUUUAUCAGAGCAACAGCAGAAUAGCUAAUAUAGGUUUGCUUCUUAUUUUGCUUGUUUUGAGACAGGCUAUUCUGGAACAUGUAUUAAUAAUCCUCUGCAGUAAUAGUCUCUGGAUGUCUCCAACUCUCCACUCUCCCAAAGCUCUGAGUUGUACCUGGGUGGUAGGGUUGAACUGAGGUCCAUAUGUGUGCACAACAGGCACUUACCCAACUGAGUCAUCUCCUGGCCUUCAUAUUUUCCUUUAAAGCUUCAGAAGAAAAGGGCAUAUCGAUCUGUACCUAUAAUCAUAUCAUUCAAGAGGCAGAGGAAAGAGAAUUCCUGCAAAUUUAAGGCCCAGCUGAUCUACAUUGUGAAUUCUAGGCCAGCCAGGGCUACAUAGUAAGACCCAGUUUCCAAUUAUAAAGCAAAAAGUGUAAUAGAAUUUGUGUUUCUCCUUUUCUUCCUCUUUUCAUGCUGGAGAUGGAUCCCAAGUCUUCACAUAUAUUAGGAUGGAGCCACAUCCCUAGUCUUUGGCUGUUCCCUUCUUGUGAUGUAAUUGUAUUCAUUGGUGUCCAUAUCCUCACUAGAAUUCAAGUUCUAUAAGGGCAUAGCUUCUAAUUGGUUUACUUUUGGUGCCUGGCUUAAGAAGAUAGUCACUAAGUAAUGAAUGAAAAAUUAACUUGAAAUAUAUUACAUGUAUGAAUGAAAUUCUCAAACUAUAAAAAUUAAGAAAUAAAAAUAUUUUAAAUUAUGGAAUUGAAAAAGAUUUUAUGGGGUUGGGGAUUUAGCUCAGUGGUAGAGCGCUUGCCUAGCAACCGCAAGCCCCUGAGUUCGGUCCCCAGCUCCAAAAAAAAAAAAAAAAAAAAAAAAAAAAAAGAAAAAAAGAAAAGAAGAAAAAAAAAAAAGAAAAAGAUUUCAUUUGGUUAAAAUUAUUCCUAUUUAUUUGCUUGAUAAUAUUGAAUAAAUAAUUUAAGCAAGUUUUUCUUUGAUAUUGUUUACUAAUUUAAAGAAAUUUCCAUUAUUUUUCUUUUUAAAGAUAAGGUUAGCCCCAUUUCUUAGAAUAGAUUAUGAUACCGCUCGUAACAAUUGGAGUAAUGUAAUAGUGUAUUUACUGAUGUCAUCUCUGACAUUGGGUAUUGCUGACUGAGUAAAAGAAUGAAUUAAUGAACUAGUAAUCUCUUUUUGGUAAUUUAGAGUUUAAAAACACAGAAGGUUUUUACAAACUUUUUUUCCCCUGUUUGAACAUUCUGGACCCUUAGGUAUAGAGUGAUUGUCAAGUGAACCUUUUGGGGAGCUGGAGCAGCAGUUUAACCUAGCUUUGGAAGGACACCUCUAGAGCUCCAGGGACCUGUUUCCGUGUACACGCACACUGCCUAAUACAGAGUGUCCUUUGACACAGUAGCAUUCUAUUCCAAGCCAUUCCGAAUGUGUCAUGUGCUUCUCCUACCUCUGUAGUGUAGUGGUUGGAGUGACAGCAUUGAAUCACAAUUUGUAGAUGGGAUGAACUCUGCUUAUACAACUGAUGCUGUAUUUAGAGGAUGGGACUUUGAGUUGGCCCUUGCCAGAAUUUGACCCAAGCCAGAUUCGACUGAUUGUAUAUCAAGACUGUGAAAGACGAGGGAGAAAUGUAUUGUUUGACUCCAGUGUUAAGAGAAAAAAUGAGGACACAUCAGUAUCGAAGCUGUGUAAUGAUGCUCAAGUCAAGGUCUUUGGGAAGUGCUGCCAGCUGAAGCCAGGGGGAGACAGUUCUUCCUCUUUGGAUAGCUCUAUCACUUUAUCUUCUGAUGGAAAAGACCAGUGUCCCAAAUACCAGGGUUCUCGGUGUUCUUCUGAUGCCAAUAUGCUUGGAGAGAUGAUGUUUGGCUCAGUAGCAAUGAGCUACAAAGGAUCCACCUUAAAAAUUCAUCAGAUCCGCUCUCCUCCCCAGCUCAUGCUUAGCAAAGUUUUCACUGCACGGACUGGCAGCAGUAUCUGUGGAAGUCUCAAUACACUGCAAGACAGUCUUGAAUUCAUCAAUCAGGACAGUAAUACAUUAAAGGCUGAUAGCAGCACAGUUAUUAAUGGGCUGCUUGGAAAUAUAGGUCUUUCACAGUUCUGCAGCCCCAGGCGGGCAUUCUCUGAGCAGGGUCCGCUCCGCCUGAUCAGGAGCGCCUCUUUCUUUGCAGUUCACAGCAACCCAAUGGACAUGCCAGGAAGAGAACUGAGUGAGGACAGAGACAGCGGCAUAGCACGCUCUGCAUCUCUGAGCAGCCUGCUCAUCACCCCAUUUCCCUCCCCAAACUCCUCACUCACCCGAAGCUGUGCCAGCAGCUACCAGCGACGUUGGCGACGUAGCCAAACAACAAGUUUGGAAAAUGGGGUAUUUCCUAGAUGGUCUAUAGAAGAAAGCUUUAAUCUGUCAGAUGAAAGUUGUGGCCCUAACCCAGGAAUUGUGAGGAAAAAGAAGAUUGCAAUUGGGGUAAUCUUUUCAUUAUCCAAAGAUGAAGAUGAAAAUAACAAAUUCAAUGAAUUCUUUUUUUCACAUUUUCCUCUCUUUGAAAGCCACAUGAACAAAUUAAAGAGUGCAAUAGAACAGGCUAUGAAAAUGAGCCGGAGAUCAGCUGAUGCUGGCCAGAGAAGUUUAGCAUACAAUCGAAUAGUUGAUGCCUUGACUGAAUUCAGAACAACAAUUUGUAAUCUUUACACAAUGCCAAGAAUUGGGGAACCUGUGUGGCUUACAAUGAUGUCAGGGACUCCAGAAAAGAACCAGCUUUGCCAUCGUUUCAUGAAGGAAUUCACUUUUCUAAUGGAAAAUGCUUCCAAAAAUCAAUUCUUGCCAGCUCUCAUUACUGCAGUUUUGACCAAUCAUCUUGCCUGGGUUCCAACAGUCAUGCCAAAUGGACAGCCACCUAUAAAAAUAUUUUUAGAAAAACAUUCCUCUCAGAGUGUGGGCAUGUUGGCAAAGACUCAUCCAUAUAACCCUCUUUGGGCACAACUUGGAGAUUUGUAUGGCGCUAUUGGGUCUCCAGUACGGUUAGCAAGAACUGUAGUAGUUGGCAAACGACAAGACCUGGUCCAGAGACUGCUUUAUUUUCUUACUUACUUUAUCAGAUGCUCUGAACUUCAAGAAACCCAUCUUUUAGAAAAUGGAGAAGACGAAGCCAUUGUUAUGCCAGGCACAGUGAUUACUACCACUUUAGAAAAGGGGGAAGUAGAGGAAUCUGAGUAUGUGCUGAUCACAGUGCAUAGGAACAAAAGCAGCUUGCUCUUUAAAGAGUCAGAAGAGACAGGAACUUCCAACUGUAACUGUAAAUAUUGCAGCCAUCCACUCCUUGGGCAAAAUACAGAGAAUGUGUCUCAACUAGAGAGAGAAGAUAUUCAAGACAACUCUAAGGAAUUGCUGGGAAUUUCAGAUGAAUGCCAAAAGAUUCCUCCUCCUGACUGCCAAGAAGAAAAUGCUACUGAUGUUCAGCGGUACAGAGAUAAAUUAAGAGCUCGUCUUGACACCAAGUUAGAGACAAUUGUUUGUACAGGGUCUGCUCCAGCAGACAAAUGUGUGUUGUCAGAGACAGGCUUGGAGCCAACAGAAGAAUCCUGGCAGAGUAAGGAAUUGCUGGAUUCAGAUAAUCAAACAGGCACAGCGAUGAGACCUACAGGGAUAGUUGUAGAAAAGAAACCUCCAGAUAAGACUGUGCCCAGUGCAUUUUCCUGUGAGUUAACUCAGACAAAGGUUACUUUCUUGAUUGGAGAUUCUAUGUCACCUGAUUCAGAUACUGAACUUCGGAGUCAGGCUGUGGUGGAUCAGAUUAACAGACAUCAUAGCAAACCACUGAAGGAAGACAGAGGAGUGACUGAGAAGCAUCAAGAAAAUAAAAUCACUAAGGACCAAUCUGGAGGCUCUGGCACACAUAACAUGGUUUCUGGAGAGUCCUGUGAGCUUCCUUGUUGGAGUCAUUCAGAUCCAGAAAGCAUGAGCCUCUUUGAUGAAUAUUUUAAUGAUGAUUCGAUUGAAACCAGGACUAUUGAUGAUGUUCCAGUUAAAACAAGUACAGAUAGUAAAGAGUAUUGCUGUAUGUUGGAGUAUCCAAAAAGAUUGUAUACAAAAGAUAACAAACAGCAAAAUGAACUUUGUAAAUGUAUAGAAACAGUUCAUCAAGAUUCGUGUAAUGCCUGCUUUCCUCAGCAGGACCAGAGAGAUGCCCUCUCUAUUCUUGUCCCCCAUGGGGAUAAAGAGAGUUCAGACAAAAAAAUUGCUGUAGGAACUGAAUGGGACAUUCCAAGAAAUGAAAGUUCAGAUAGUGCCCUUGGAGAUAGUGAGAGUGAAGACACAGGUCCUGACAUAAGAAGACAAGUUGGCAGUUACUGUGGAGGGGAUCAGGAAGAUUGGGCAGAAGAGGAUGAGAUACCUUUCCCUGGGUCAAAGUUGAUUGAAGUGAGUGCUGUUCAGCCCAACAUUGCCAACUUUGGAAGAUCCUUGCUGGGUGGCUACUGCUCAUCUUAUGUUCCUGACUUUGUUCUUCAAGGAAUUGGGAGUGAUGAGAGGCUCCGUCAGUGCCUGGCAUCAGAUUUGUCCCAUGCUGUGCAGCAUCCAGUGUUAGAUGAGCCAAUAGCAGAAGCUGUCUGUAUUAUAGCUGAUAUGGAUAAAUGGACUGUUCAAGUGGCCAGCAGUCAGAGACGGGUGACAGAUAAUAAAUUGGGAAAGGAGGUGUUGGUUUCCAGUCUUGUUUCCAACCUGCUUCAUUCUACUCUUCAGCUUUAUAAACAUAACUUGUCUCCAAACUUUUGUGUAAUGCACCUUGAAGACCGGCUACAGGAGUUAUACUUCAAGAGCAAAAUGCUGGCUGAGUACCUGAGGGGACAGAUGCGUGUUCAUGUCAAGGAGCUAGGAGUAGUUCUUGGGAUCGAAUCCAGUGACCUUCCCCUUCUGGCUGCUGUAGCAAGCACCCACUCUCCAUAUGUCGCUCAGAUACUCCUUUAACAUGUCCAGAGGAGAACAUGGUUCAAAGUUGAAUAGAAACCAAGGAGAUAGGCACAGUGUGUAUCUGUGGAGUUGUUGCUGUUCUGUUUUGUAUUUGUCCAUUCUGCUUCUGGGUGAAUGUGUCACCCCAUGCUUGUUGCAUUGCAGUGUGUAUAGACCAGAUGACUUUUUAUUUCUAACUGCACAUCUGGGUAGUGGUAGAUUUUCAACCAAGUAAAACUAAAUCAAAAUAAUUGGGGAGAUGUGGAGGGGUGGAAUUUGCAAAAGCCAAAGUGUAACUUAGAAUUUCUGUGAAUAUCCAGAAAUUUCAUGCAAACUCUAAAAUGUUGUCACAACUCAUGAAUAGCAAUAGUUGUCUCAUGAUCAAAUGUCAGAAAUCUUCAUUCACUGAUUUUUAAUUUUUAUUUCUAUGGUACAGAAAUCUAUAAGACCUUGAUUUGUUUGUUGUUUUGCAAUUCAGAUCAACUAAUUUCUAGUUAUUUAAGUAUUUUUUUUAAAAAAACCUGUUAAUUAUGAGAAACUCAGAAUGAGUGACGAUGUCAUGUGCUCAUCUGAAGUGUACAUAUGUAUCUAUUUUUUUUAAAAAAGCAGGGGUGGAAAUACAAUAUUGAUAAACAUGCCUUUUUAAAAAAUAUUUUUUCAUCUAGUAUUGUAUAUAAUGUUGAAAUACUACCUUCUGAUGAUUUUUUUCUGUUUCACACAUUCUAAAAUAUAUUUAAAGCCAAUCUUUCAGAGGCUAAAAGUUGUAGAUUCCCUAAGAAUACUACUUUUUACCAUUUGUUUUCUAAGAAUAAGCUAAUUCUUAAUGAUAUUUGCAUAUUAAUUUAAUAAAUAAAAAUUAAGAUUAAAAAGUGCACCAAAGCAAUGGCAAAAAUACUGUAUUUUUUAAAUAUGCUCAGGUGGCCACAAACCAGUAUCAACCAUUAUAAACCCAUGUGAGCAGAAUAUUUCCUAACAAUUUUCAAUUUACACUAGUAGAAGUAAUAACUUUAAAAUUAUUCUUUCUUUAAGUGUUCCUUUAAAAUAUUGAUUGCUUUUCAAAGCUUUCCAUUUAUCCUUUGUCAUCCUCUUUGUAUAUAAUGUAGAUUGUUGCUGUAAGAAAGGCUAAUAAGGAACCAAACUCUUGUAAGUAAUGUAAAUAGGAAGGUGGGUAGAUCAUGUUUUCAGUAUACUCUACUACCUCAGUUUACUUGAAUACUGAAUUAUAGCUUACUCUCUGCUUGUGUGGGCUAGAAUUAAAGUUGGUUUCUGUUUUCAUUUACUAAUUCUAAAUUGUUUAGCUCAAAAAAAAAAAGAUAGAAAACAACAUAAAACUCCCAAAACAACCCUACCCACGUGUUUGGUUACUGAAUACUUUUAUUAUAACACAUCCAUUCUUGCUAUUUAAAAUUUUCAGUAAUUAAUAAAAAUUUCUGUGGUUUAUAGUCUUUAGAAUCUUGAAUUUAUGUGUCUGGUUACAUUUAUCUUGCUCUUUAUGUGAGUUCAAGAGAAUUCCAACUAGAAAAGAAUAAAUAGGACGUUUUAAUGGAACAUAAACCCAAAAUUAGGGUAUCUGCAGUUGGCCCUUGUUCUGUUGGUUGGUUCCAGUUAGUACCUGGGUCUCCCAUGGAUGACUUGGUGCCAAAGAGUUUUUUAUAGAUGUGGGGUUUUGGUCUUUUGUUGUUUUUUUUUUUUUUUUUUUGAUGUCCUUGUAACCCAUUUGUUAGUGGAAUUGCUCUGUUGUAUUCUGUUGAAAUUCAGUGAGUAGAUUUGUGUUAGAAUUUAGAAUCUCAGAAAGUUUCCUAUGGGCCAUUGUACAUUAUUUUUGAUUGUGGCUCAGAAUAUAUGUAGCAGGUAGAAAUGUCUGGGAUGUUUUCUUAAACUUGGAGCUUUUCAUAGUUCUAUCUGAAAUCUCUCAUUACUACUUAGUAAUUCUAGUCUUUAAUAAGUGAAUGGCUUGUGCACCUAAUAUUCUCAAACCUCAGCUUUGCUGGAAAGGCCUGUAGUUUCUUAAAAACUCUCUAGUCCUUGUAAGAUUCCCUGAUUUUAUAAUGCUUUGAUCAUCAUAUUCUUUACUUACUCAGAGCCCAAGGAAUGAGCUGCUACUUCUUUACAGUGUGGCUGUGAUAAAUGUGAAGAGAGUUUUGGCCUGUUUAAUAAUUUUUCAACUACUUAAUGGUACAGAUAAAUAUGUGCUACAUGUUAAAAAUACCUGUUCAUUGUUACAGGAAAUUAAAAAGGGAUCUUUUAUAUUAUAGGAUUAAAACUAAUUUUCUGUAUAUGUUAACUAAUUGAUUUGAUUUUAAAUAUCUUGCAUUUAUUAAUAUGUCUUAAUAUUGAAUUUGAAACUAUUAAGUGCAAUAAACAUUACUACAGAUUUCAUUUUGUUGCAGUUGGCACACAGUGCAGAUGAUCACUAAAAAUAAUUUGCAUAAUGCCUACAUCCAGUAGCUGUCUUAUGAGAAUGUUCUGCUUUCUCUUAAGUUAUUUAGAUGAUGACUAUAUAAAAUGUACAUACUUGUUUGUUGUUCUGAAUACAUUUCUCAAAUGUACACCUGUAUUAUAAUAACCUCCCAGUUCUAGGGGAAAUUUGUGCAAUAAACACUCAUGUCAAUUUGA